AUCCGUGCUCAGUUGUGAGCCGACUUCCACUUGACUCGAAGGAUCUGGAGCUCUGGAAUGAUUUGGAGCGUGAUUUUUCCACCCGCUGUCUUGUGGGCCUUCAGAAGGAUGACAGUAGUCUUGCUGAGCAGAAGUAGGCGAGAAUUGAUAUAUUCGCGUCCUUUCUCUUCGAGCCAGCCCUGAACUUUAACCAGCUGUCUGUGAGUUCUGCGUCGGAUUUCUUCCUGAUUACCGGCUGAUGAAGUAGCAAACCAUUUCAGGAAAGCGGGAGGGCUAUGAAGAAAGUUGAUACAAACACGGAGCACCCUGUCGUCGCCCUGAAUGGCCUUCAAAAUCGGCUUCCGUUCCUUCGCCUUAAUCGGAAAGGUGUCGUCGAUAGCUUUCCUGACAGCAUUCCGCCUUCGAUCUUUUCUUCUUGCUUUUUCGAGGUUUCAGAUGGUUCUGUCAUGGCAUCAAUCUUUCUUCUCUGAGUCUGAUGGCGAAGAUCUGAGGGUGAUGCCCGUUUUCGACCCCUUUCCCUCAUCAUGUAGCCGAUCUGGAAGGAGAGAUAAUCCGAAUAAUCUUCCUCAUCGUCGAAAUCAUCCAUCCUCAGCGGCAUGACAUCCUUCCAAUGAUCACUAAAUCCAGACCAUUGUGGUUGUCCAUGACCAAUCGGCCAUUCAGAAUGAAUCAGAUUGUCAAAAGCCCCCAGACACAGUGCUGACCAAUAUUUUCCAUUGAGUCCUACUGGCGUGAGAGGCAAUUUAGAUUCCA